CAGGAAUGUGAUAUCGUUUCUAAGGCAGCUUAUCACUUUUGAAAAAUAGUUGCAUUCAUACUGUUCGCAAUGAAGGUGUAUUGAAUAUAUAGGAUUUUACAUAAUCAAAUGCAAGAUGCAUUUUAAUGCAAAGGAGACUACCUAGACAAGAAGAUUUACCAUUGGAAAAUGGCUUGUUGGAACGCUUCAAAUGAAUCUUGCACCGACGGAGCAAAUAUCUCCAAUUACAACGAUAUGGAAGGUCCUUUUAUAUCCGAGUGGGGAUUCUGGGUAAAAUUUAUAUCAACACCAAUUGUUGUUUUCGUGGGAGUAAUUGGUAACAGCUUAUCAAUUAUGGUGAUGAAGACAAAGCCUUUGCGUCAAAAGUCAUAUUCUCAUUUUUUGUGUGCUCUUGCAGUGUUUGACACAAUUUCACUGAUCAUCCGCCAGGUGGAAUGUGUAGAUGAAUACUUUGUAUCACACAAAGCAAAACCUGGGAUAUUUCAAAAUUUCGAUGACUCUAGUUGUAAAUUCUACAAUUAUAUGUCACAUGUCAUCACAAUGAUGAGCUCGUGGCUUGUUGUUUUUAUGGCUCUAGAAAGGCUUAUAGCUGUGUGCUUUCCGUUUAAAAGUGCAGCAAUUCGUAAACAAACAGGGGCGCUUACUGCAAUUGCUAUUCUAAUAGUCGUCGUUCUAUUCAGUCAAUCUUUCCGUUUCAUUAUGAUUGAACAUCUUGUAUAUGAUCCCUACUUCAACAUAUCGGAUUGUCUGGCUGGCGAUGAUUAUAUUCGACUGUAUACAAGUCUUGACGUGUAUUUCUUUCAGUGGGGUCUGAUUUUUGUGAUACCGUUGAUCUUAAUAAUUACGUGUAACAGUAUGGUGAUUUACCAAAUAUUUAAAGUAAAGAAAGCCGUCAAUAAAGAUGAAAGGAGUCUAACACGAAGGGAGAGUGGCGGAAGAGGGAGAAAUAACCGUAGCACGAUGAUGCUGUUAACAGUGACCUUCACCUAUAUCUUGACACUUCUGCCAUUGUUUACACUCAGUCUUGUCAUGGAUUUAACAAUAAAAUUUGGAAAUAUGGAAACAAAGAGAUACGUGUACCUUGCACUUACUCCAUACAUUGACGUUUGUGCUGCAAUAUCGCUAUUGAAUUAUGCAGUAAACUUUUUCAUUUAUGUUUUGUCUGGGAAACGGUUCCGUUUUGAAUUUGAAAGACUUAUUAGAAAACGGAAUACCAGCAUCAAAAGAACGUUUACGGCAAGAAGUACGCGAGAAGAGUUAUUUCGAAUGUAGUUAGGUAGCAUGUGAACUAAUUGAUGUAAUUUAUUAACUUAUAAAAAGUGAGUGUAUACGUUUAAAUGGCGUAAAUGAUUACAUUUGUUAAGAUUAUUUGGUUUCGACUUUUAGUUAACUUUUAUCUUUUAAAAAUGAGUUUUGAAAAUUGGUAGGAGUUGUGUUUAAAAUUAUUUACGACAAAAUCCUCUUCAACUUGUAUCUAUACUUUAGACAAAACGCUUUCAGAAUGUUUUACGCAAAUUACUUACAUUUGACAAAUUUCCCUUUUUAGAGACUUUAAUUACGUUUCGUUUUCAUGCUUUAUUCAUGCAAACAAUAAUGUGUAUUUAAAAA